AUGGCUUCCAAUCAACCUGGAAACUCCCACAGACGGCCCUCGCUCAUCCCGCAGCCAAACGGCUCGUCGCGCCGGCAAUGGGCCAGAAAAUCCACGUCAAAUGCCUCUCGUGGAUCGAUAGCUGCCGGCAGCGCGGCUUCAGUGGGCUGCGAGCCGUCCGAGAAUGAGAACAUCGACGACGACCUGCCUGCCAGUGACUCUGCCUCACACGCCUCGCUGACACCUGCAGCCUCGCCCAGAACAUCAAAGGCGCAUCGGAGAUCUUUCAAAGACGAUCCCACUCGCCAAACAGGUGCUGCUCCAGAGCAGCCACCAUCGGUGCCGCCAGCGCCCAAUGUCCGUAGAGGUCCGGCUGACGGAGCUCAGCGCCCAUUCUAUCCGGAGCAGAGUUGGAAGAGGAUCUACGGAUACAGCCAGCCACUGGUCCCGAUGAGAACUAAUCUUCGUAUCCCGCUUAUUUCCGAUCAACAACCUGCGCCAGCUGGCGGACCUCCUCCUCUGCGUCCGUCGUACCCGUCAUAUCCUCCCCAUACCGUCAACUAUGCGACAGAUUUCCCAGACUCGCCGCAGAUGAGCCAGCAGCAAGGCGCUCAAACCAGCGACGAUGACUUUCGACCGCCGCGACGAACAUAUAAUAAAACUACCAACAAUGCAAACCACAGCCAGGCCUCGCAUAACUUACGCCAGCGUUUGGGUGGGGACGCGAGGGCCACUGGGGAUUCAAAUUUGCCUCCCUAUGGAAGCCAUGGCCCUUCAAAUGGCCACUUUCAAGAGGCGAGGCCAGCUUGGACAGGUUACAAUGCUUAUGGGCAGGGCCAUUACCAAGGCUACCCAUAUCACCCACCGAGCUUCUAUUACAACCCGCCGGGGCCGCAAUUGCCUCCAGAUACGGUACCAUCUCCAGUGAAGACACGUAAAACAGAUCCGCCCCCUCCAGAUCCUGAAAAACUAAAGUUGGAGGCUGAGAUCAGGGCAUAUAAAGCCGCGCAGGAGCAAGCAAAAGCUGCCGAGAGACAACGGGAGCUGGAGGCUCAGAUCAGGAAAGACGCAGAGGGCGCCUUCCAACGACGGAUGGAUGACAUGAGAAAGGCCCAGGAAGAUGCCAAGAGGGAGAUUGGGAGAGCGAAAGCAGAGGCGGAGCGUGCCAUGAGGGAGCGGGUUGAGGCCGAGGCACAGGCGCAAGAAGAGAGACGUAAAGCUCAUGCCGAGCUGGUACAGAAAGUGGAACAAGAUACGAGACGCCGGCUCCAAGCUGAAUUGGAGGCAUCAGAGGAGAUGAGGAGACAAGAAGCGAAACAGCGCGAGGAAAUUGAGAACACUGCUCUCCGUCGAGCUCAAGCCAUGUUGAAAGCUGAGGAGGACGCAAAGAUGCUUGCUGAAAAAGCAGAAGCGGAGCGAGCCGAGGCUAUGAAGAAGACUCUAAUGGAAGAACUUCAACAGCUUCAAGUUAGUGAACACGAAAGACUGGAAGAAGAGAUAAAGGCCAAGGUUGAAAUGGAGAGAGUUGUUCAGCCCAAUUGCGAUGAGGUCAUGGAAAGACUCCAGCAAGAACAAGAAGUACUAGUGCAACGCUUGACGGUGCAGAGUAUGGAGGAGAUCACGAGCCUUGGCAACGAUAUCCUUCUCGAAUUGAAAAGAGAAAGAAAAGCCAUAACCGACUUGUUGAUGAGCGAACGGGGCCCGCCUCGCCUGCCCAGGGGCAUGCCGAGGGGGAUUAUAGGCAUCAAUGCUGGGACCAGACACUCUUCUUCCGCCUCAAGCUCUGGCUCUAGCGACAGCGAAAGGCAACACGCUUUGACAGAAGAAGAUUUGAAGUCAGAAUCUAGUGCACUCCGAGGGAGACGCUUGCCCGAUGGCGAAUCGAUCAGAGUUCCUACUUGCCCCGCAGCCCCAGACCCUCCAACUCGAGGGACUCCGUUCCGCAAUUCAUCCCCUGGGAGCGUUUCAAUGACCAGUCAGCCACCAAGUCGUCGUCGCCACAGAAAUUACUCUGAGAGUCGAAGAAAACGAUUAAACAAGGACAAGAAGCCAUUGCCGUUUCCAGUGGAGAACCUGGCUAACUUGAUUGUGGACUCACUCAUGACCCGUCUUGAGGACAUCAGGGAGCGGGAAAUGGUAUCUAGUGUCGAUACUUUGUCAAGACGCGGCCGGAGUCUGACUAGGUUAGAUGAUGACGGCCAGGGGCGAUUUGAACAUGGAAAUAUGGCUAGCCAUAGCUCCGUUUCCUCCAAUCAGUCGCCUACAACCCCCAAGGCAUGCGACUCGAUAUCUCAAUCGCCACUAGACUCGGCAGGCGGCAGAUCCUACAUCGAAGUCUUUCCAGAACCCAGCACCGAAGGAGCUCGAGGGAUGGAGAAUGCACAGACUGCCCACAACGCUAAGAUUGGAGCGGAAGACGUGAAUGUUAACGAAAGAAACGUGAGGCGACCUAGUAACUUUGGCAAAUCAUCUUAUAUUCGUAGGCCUAGUGAGCUUACAACAGGGCUGGUAAGUGAUGAGGACAUGAAAAAGGACGGACUGGGUCUAGAUUUUUUGCGGGCGUUAUCUGCUGACUCUGAGGAUGCUAUGAAGGAAUUCUCCAAUUCAUCUUUAGGAACAUGGGAUGAGUCAUUUAUGGAUGAAGAUUUAAUAAAUCUAAAUGAUUAA